CAUAGAAUAAUUAAUUAAAAUAAACAAUAAUGACAUCGCCAACCUAUAACGAUUCACCACAGUAUUUAACUAAAGAAUAUGUGGGAAAUAUUUUAAAAACAUAUUUUAAGGACAAUGCACUGAAAGUGUUGAAUAUAGAAACGGCACCCGCUUCAGCAAAAGGUGAAAGUUACUGCAGUAUAAUGACCAGAAUUAAAGUCAGCUACAAAUUGGAGCGGGAAAAAGUUGUAAAUGAAAUACAUUUUAUAGUUAAAUCUACAUAUGAGGAUAAUCCCUAUUUAUUUAAUGUUUUAAAACAAUACGAUGUCUACAAUACGGAAAUGCAAAUGUAUGAAACGGUUUUCCCACAACUGCAACAAUUGCUUUAUGAUAUUGGAGAUAACGAUCAAUUGUGUGCCAAAACCAUUCAUGUGGAUCAUGAUCGAGACGCCAUUAUAUUUGAGGAUCUAUCGGUGAGGAAAUUUAUCAUGGUCAAUCGUUUAGAAGGCAUGGAUGAAGUUCACAUAAAAUUUUGUUUAAGAAAACUUGCUAAAAUGCACGCUACAGCAGCCGUUUUAAAUGAACGUCAGAAAGGUUUAUUGGAAAAAUAUAUUCAUGGUAUAUUCAAUAGAAAUGUCAACUGUUAUGGUGUGUUUUUUGAAAAUGUUAUACGAGUGUGUGCCAAAUUUGCAGAUUCCUGUCCUGAAUUGGGUACCUAUUACAGAGACAAGCUAUUGCAAUUGAUUCCUCAUGUUGCGGAAUAUGGCACACGUUGUUAUGAUCCAAAUCCUAAACAUUUUCUAACAUUAAAUCAUGGAGAUAUAUGGACAAAUAAUGUUAUGGUGCAAUAUAAUGAUGAGACUGGGAAAACAAAUGUCAAAGAUGUUUUACUUAUAGAUUUUCAAUACUGUAAUUGGACUUCUCCAGCUGUAGAUCUUUAUUAUUUUUUAUGCACGUCUACGCAAGAUGACUUACUUUUUAAUCAUCUUCCAAAACUGAUACAAUACUAUCAUCAGGUGUUAUCACAGACUUUGACGAAAUUAAAAUAUCAGCAACAUAUACCAACGCUACAUGAAUUCAAUGUACAGAUGUUAGAGAGAGGAUUUUAUGCUGUUACCUCUUUACUGGUGAAUUUACCACUCAUGAUCAACGACAAAACAGAGGAUGCUGAUUUUGAAAGUCUUCUGGGCAAUGACGAGAAGGCACAAAGAUUUCAUAAUGUUUUAUAUACAAAUGGAAGAGUACAAAGAAUUAUUAAAGUAAUGCUACCCAGAUUUGAUCAAAUGGUCCUUUUAGAUGUUAUUGAUUAAUAUAGAAAAUAAUUUUAUAAUUAUAAUGAAGCGUACAAAAAAAAAAUAUGUUUGUUUUGCUUUUGAUGAGUUUGAGAUGUGAAAGAAAUCCAUCUAAUUUUAAUAAAACUUGAAAUGUUAAUUUCUAA